UUCUCAGGUUUAAUCCCUCUGUCGGGGCUUGACACUUUCGGAGGGAGCUGAGGUGAUUCUGCACGUCCCCUUCUUCUUUCCCGGCGCUAGAAACUGUACGGCUCUGGCCCGAGCUGUUUUCAGGACUCACAUUCUGAAAUGAUCAACUCUGCAAAUUUCUGUGCACAUCUUUCUUCCGAUAUGAGCAGAUCAAUAGGAUUUCACAUUUGCAUGGUCAUAUGCAGCAUCCUGCUCAGCUCCACCAGCCUGCAAUGUCUAACCUUUCAGAAACCGGAGAAAGACACAGUACGGGUCCAACAAACUGCAUUGGCAGGGAAUGGGCUAGAAGACAAGAGGAUGAGCAUGCAAAGCUUGGAAAAUAACGUAGGCCCUUCUGAGCAAUCGACCAGUGUUGCUGUCUCAGAAGAGCCAUCUGGAGUGUCAACAGAGCCAUCUGGGACUUCAUUAAACAAGAUCUUCACUGCUAAAGGAGAAACGCAACACACAAGUCUUAGUGAUAAUCUUUUCAUAGGCAGUAAGAGCCUCGAUGUUUACCCCCCUAUAGUGUCAAUGGUUGUGGCAGAUGAAAGUGAGUUCAGUCCCACUGGAUCAAGCCAAGAGUCGAGUGAAAACGGGCUACUGAAGGCCAUGCUAACUACAGCUUUGACUACUCUCAAUCCGGACAUUGAGGCUGAUGUGCUCAGUAGUACUGUGUUCAAGACGACAGUAGGGGGUAGCACAGAGGCAGGGCAUAGUUUUAUUAGCAACCAGGAUAAUCACUUUUUUAGGAUGGAUGCUGUAGAAGGAGGGAAGAAGGCAGAUGGUAGUUCCGAGCUCUCAGCUACACCCCAGCUUAGCAAUGAAGAAUUGCCAACUCAGCACCUCAGAACCCAAAACUUAGAAGCGAUGAGUGACUACCCCACAAGCCCUUUACUUUUGGCUCAUCAAAAAGCUGAUUCUGAGCCUGGAACACUGGAACCAAAUGUAGGGAGCCCUUUGCAAUUGACAGAUGCCCGUGCCUCUGCCCUCACGGCGAAACAGACAUUUGUAUCCACUGAUGCCUCCCUAAAUUUGGAAACAAAAACGGACAGCAGGCAAGGAAGCUUGCGAGUGGCAGCUAGUGCUGUCACAGGCGCUCCAGCUGUCUCUGUACUGAGUGAUGAUUGGGAUGAUACAAAAUUAGGAACUAUAAGUCAGGUAAGAGGCUCAAAGCAUGAGGAGAAAAAACAGAACGAUGUGAUAGCGGAACCUCCUUGGACAACGGGAGGAGAGGAUGAUGAAGAUGAUGUGAAAAGAGGCAUGCCGUUUACAGCUUCUGCAUAUGCAACAACCAUUAAACUAGAAAAAAAUGUGUACCCUGGGCCAGCACAGGUGUCAGUGCAGGGGGAGAUGAUGCCAACAGUUUCCGCUGGCCAAACUUCUGUUUAUCUCACAAGUCCCUUGGCAGAAGCUGAAGUGACUGCUAUAAACACAAAGAAAAAUACAGAACCCGUCACAAUGGAUGAUAGGAAAAGUGUCUCCUUGUCAUUGCCAGAGACUGUUACUAUGACGGACACAAAAUCCAAUAUCUUCCUUACCCUGGAAAAUUCAUUAAAAGGUGUUACUCAAGAUACGAUGCCAGCCAGUCAAGAAACUGAUGCCACCUUGCCAGUCAUGACACCAGCAUGCUUUGCUGUACACGAGACCACAAGUGAAGCAAGCGUGACAGAGGAAGAAAGUAAGGGGGCAACCCUGAUACCGACUGUUUCUGGUGUAGCCCAGCUGUCGAAAAAGUCAGAACACUCAGCCACUACUGUCUCCUUUACUGCCACCCAUUUGUCUAUUGCAAAAACCCCGGAUGCCGAAGUAGUCUUAACAGACCUGGUCACUGUCUCAGAUGAGGAAGCAGUCACUGCUCUUCCUGAAUCCUCAGAGACCCUCUCUGGAAUGAGAAUGGAGGUGGAGGAGCUGACCAGCAGAACUGCGACCCUGGCAACUCCAGCUUUGAUGGCAUCUUCUGUAAGGAGAACAGUUGUUCCAUCUGUGAGGCGGAUUAGCACAGCUGUCACCUACGGAUUGGACCGGCUGGAGUCGGAAGAGGGGGAGGAGGAGGAGGAGGAUGAAGAGGAGGAUGAAGAAGAGGAAGAGGAGGAAGACAGAGAUACAGACUCAAUGGAGGAAAGCAUGGAGGGUGACACGGAGCUGCCAGGUUUCACUCUUCCUGGCGAAACUUCCCAGGAGCCUGUAGUUGGCAUAGGAGACUCUGCCGCACAGCUGGCUGGGGUAUCUUACCAAGUUCCAGACACCAUUGAAUGGGAACAGCAAAACCAGGGCCUUGUGAGAAGCUGGAUGGAAAAGCUAAAAGAUAAGGCGGGAUACAUGUCGGGGAUGCUGGUUCCUGUGGGGGUUGGUAUAGCUGGAGCCCUGUUUAUCCUGGGAGCGCUCUACAGCAUUAAGAUCAUGAAUCGCCGAAGGAGAAACGGCUCCAAAAGGCAUAAAAGAAAGCAGAGGGAAUUUAACAGCAUGCAAGAUCGAGUAAUGCUCUUAGCUGAUAGCUCUGAAGAUGAAUUUUGAACCUGACUGCGGAGCCAUUGUGAUUUCCAAUGACUUUUUCGGGGGCAAGGGGAGAAGAAGGAAGGCGUUUGUGCUGCAUCACUGCUAUCAGCCACCACGUGCCACUGUGUAGCGGUUUUUACAUCCUGGCAAAACAGGCAUGUUGUAUUCUAAA